AUGAGAAAAGCUUAUGAAUAAGAUUAUAUUAAUAAUUAAAAUGCUGGGUUAUUAUAAUAGGAUGAAGAUGAUUAGCAUUAUGGUUAAAAAAAGUCUAUUAAUUACAUAAGACCAAGACCAUUCCCACAUGAAAAUAACAGGGAAUGUAAGCUAGAUGUAUUAUGCUGUUAAGAAUGUGCACAUUUUGUUCAUCCAAAUCAUAAAACUGAUAGUUUAGAUUGGUAUAUUAAUCACAUAAGAGAAAAGAUUAAGCGUAGACAUGGAGUGCAAUAAACUACAACUCAUGAAAUCUCGAUAUUGAAGAGUGAACAAAGGAAAAAGAGGAUGAAAUAUAUGAAAUACAUAAUCAAAUAAUUGAAAAAGGUUGAAAAAGAGUGUAGAUCUAUAGAAGAUACAACAGAAUCGAAGAUCAAGAUCAAGUUGAGUUCCACCUCAAGAAAGGAGGCAUUUGAUAAAAUGAUAAGACUACUAAAACUUGUGAGACAUCAGAAUUUAGAUUAAUUUAAAUAACAUCAUUAAGAAUUUUUGGUUAAAGAUGAAGUUGAUUAAUAAAUGGCACUUCAAUACAAUGAAGAAAGAGAAAGGAAUUACAAAGGCAGAUAAGUGAAAUUGUGGAUUAAUUCUUUUUAGCAGAUGAAAGAGAAAGAUAAAAAUUACAACAAAAUUAAUCCUUAUAAACAUAAUAAUAAGAAGAAAUAAAGGCAUUGA